AUGAGCGAUUUGCCGUCUAGUCGCGUUUCGCCUGCUCCUGCGUUUUUGCGCUGUGGAGUGGAUUACGCAGGUCCUUUUCAAAUUAAAGCAAAUAAGGGUCGAGGCUCUAGGUCAUUCAAGGCAUAUAUAGCUCUAUUUGUUUGUUUUACGACAAGAGCUAUUCACCUAGAAUUAGUGACUGAUCUUUCAGCAGAUGCUUUUAUUGCAGCUCUUAAGAGGUUCAUUUCCCGCAGAGGCAAAAGCAGUGAUAUAUAUAGCGAUUGUGGUUCCAAUUUUGUUGGAGCAAAACGCAAACUGAUGGAAUUUGAAAGGCUUGCUAGGUCUGCAACUUAUAACCAAAAUGUUAGCAGAUAUUUGGUUGAUAAUGGCAUUAAAUGGCAUCUAAACGUUCCAGGUGCGCCACAUAUGGGUGGACUCUGGGAAGCUGGCAUAAAAUCAACAAAAUACCAUUUAAAACGAGUAGUUGGUGAGGCGAGAUUGACAUAUGAAGAAUUUGAAACAUUUUCUCACACAAAUAGAAGCUUGUCUUAA